GCUUUCAACGGUUCCCGUGUUCGUCAAAACACCAAUUAGGCACAAUCAGUUGUGCCGUCGACUUCUAAAGGGAAGGGUGCCUAUUUAAUGCACCUCUGGAUGGACUAUCCGAAAUCUGUUUAGUUUAAAUCAACUGUUACUUUAGACGGGCAGAGGAUAGUGUGUUUGUAUGCUUUACGAUUAAAUGGGAAAAUAAAUGCGGACUGAUAAUGUUUUUAUGUUGGAGUGUUAAUAUCGGUAUACGAUUGUGCUGAUUGUAAGAAAUCUCACGGAUUCAUUUACUCGACUUUAUCAGAUUGACAUUUUCGAAAGAUUUACUUUCUUCUGUGACAGGAACAAAUACGAACAAGACAGACUGGAAACGUGUGUUGUGUUGAGAUAUCGUUCCACAUGGCUAUCCCAUAGAAUGGAUUAUACGUGCGUCUGUAGCGACGAAACAUUUCGGCACGCAGAGAUUUCCAAGGGAGCAUAGCGUGGAACGCCUAUACAGACUUCUGCCUGGAUCUACGAUACUUAAUAUUUCCUGUUUAUUGUGAUAACCUCUCAUCGAUAUGAAUACUGUUAGGAUGCCCUUCGUGCACAUUAAUGGUGGGCAAUGCUUAUUGAGAGAGCGAUAAUGUCCUCUUAUGGAAAACGAAGAUGAAACACGAUGUAGAGUUAUGGUUGGUUUCUGUGUGUGCCGUCCUUUGCAUGGUAUACAGUAUUGCGGCGGGAGCAGGCAAUGAGACGAUUGAGGAGUGCCUUAGGUCGACUAACUUUAACUUGACGGAUGAGCAGAGGCUUCUCACCAAGCUCAUGGCGUCUUACAACAAACAGACACGCCCAGUGUUUAAUGCGUCACAUCCGGUCAAGGUGAAAGUCGGACUGACGGUCACACAGAUAUUUGACGUGGACGAGAAAAAUCAGGUGGUCACAGUGAAUGUUUGGCUCGACCAGGAAUGGCAUGAUGAAAAGUUAUCGUGGAAUCCCGACGAUUACAACGGUCUGUCGGUGAUGCGGAUUCCGUGUAACAAUCUAUGGCUGCCAGACAUGGUCCUGUACAACAGUGCAUCAGAUUACAACGAAAAGUAUAUGGAAGCAUUAGCCAUGGUGUCACAUGACGGUAACGUGUUCUGGCCACCUAUCGUCAAACUCCGGAGCUCGUGCCAAAUGGAUAUAACCUACUUUCCAUUUGAUGAUCAGAUUUGUAAGAUGAAAAUGGGAUCAUGGGCGUACGACGGCUUUCAGGUUGAUGUCCUUAAUAGGUCUUCCAACAUCGACCUUACAAAUUAUGUAGAGAACGGAGAGUGGGAACUUAUCAAUACCAGCUCCGUUCGAAACGUUGUGACGUAUCCAUGUUGCCCCGAACCUUUUCCAGAUGUGACGUUUUCAAUCCACAUCCGGCGUCGAACAACCUACUAUUUGUAUAACGUCAUUAUUCCGUCGGUGAUGCUUUCGUCGCUCGCUCUGCUUGGAUUUUGGCUUCACCCGGACGGCGGGGAGAAAGUGACCCUAGGACUAACGGUUCUCCUUGCUUUGUCCGUCUUCAUGUUGCUUAUAGCAGAAAAUACCCCUGCUACCUCGUUCUAUGUUCCUCUUUUAGGUGUAUACCUGAUCACAACUAUGUCAUUCACAUCAUGUUCCGUCAUCGUUGCCGUUACAGUAUCGAAUAUCCAUGCCCGAGGAGCACGUGAUUUGAAAGUCCCGAAAGGCGUUAAGGCGUUCGUCAUUUGUAUGUCAAAAAUGUUGUGCAUGAAAUUAAGAUACAUCGAAACUGGAGAAUACCUUGGAGAAGUGAUUUCCGGAGGAUUACAGAAAACAAGCAAUGGAGACGUUGGUGGUACCAAUAGAGUCCAUUGUAGUGAGAAUUUGACAUCACUUCCUGGGUUCGAGGAACAGUCGAAUAUACAGAUUUCCACCAUGAACAGCCCGGAUGUUUACAGUGCGUCCAUUCUACAAGCUCUGCAGUGCCUUAUCGAGCAAAGCCACUCUCACGACGGAGAGGAGCUGAACAGACGACAAUGGGAAGAGGUCGCGUUCAUAGUCGAUCGAUUUUUCUUUUGGGCGUUCCUUCUGGGAAUGAUUUUGUCGUCUGUUUAUUUACUUGCUUUUUCACCGAUGUUGUUGAAGCAAAUAACUCUAUGAUAUAAAUUUGGAAAAACUUACAAGUUGAUUCGUGCGUGUCUUUCGACACUUGAACGCUCGUAUGAAACCAGUUGACUGUUUUGAAGCAAGAUUACUAGUUUAGACAUCUACACCAUCGAUUUUUGUGUCAAACAAAACAAGUGUAGUUGUGUUUUAAACCUGUAGGAUACAAUAUUGUUUGAACAGGAUUUGUUCUUUGUCAUCAGCACUGAUGGUCAGGACAAUCACGGAAAAGGAAAAUCUUGUAAGUUUAUUUUUAAAUACAAGGUUGAUUUUGUAUAUCCUAUGACAAAGAUGGAUAUUGAAUAUGAAUGCAAGUUCAGAAUUGGCUGGUGUGGUCGCUUUGAUUUACUCCGUGUAGCUGAAUCUUAUGUGUUUUUCUGCUGUAUUCGUUUUGUCGGAGACAGAAGCUAUAUUUUACAGUGUUAGUUUUAGUGGAAGAUUGGAUUAGUCCGAAAGCAUUUUAUGAUAUUUGAUUGUUGAUAAAUCUGUAUUCCAGCUGAUGAGAGCAUACUGCUGAGAUAGAAAUUAAACAGGAAAUUGAAACACUGUUAAAGCAGAAGUGUUUGGAUUUGAAAAAAGUGAAGUUUGGCUUUAAAUGUUUUUGGAUUUUGACAUUUUUGCGUUGUAAAUGCUUUUGCGUUAUUUUAUACAUGUAAAUGUUUCAGAGCGUGUCCAUAUGCUCACGGAUGCAUAUUGGCGAUGAUAUUGUAAACGUUAACUUUCGAAUAUUUUCACCAGCCAAAAAGCAUUAAAUUAUACAGUACAUAGAUCAAAAUAAUAUAUUUAAUCAUUAUAUUUCAUAAUUUUGUAUUGGUUGCAAAUUUGUAACAUAAGUGAGUGUUACAUGUAUGAUUUUCAUAAAUCCUAUAAGUUCAAAACAGAUUUCAAAAUUCGAAAUUAUUUCAAAUUGUUGAAGGUAUAUCAAGGUUUAGUUAGAAAUAUCUAUAAGUAAAGUUUUUGUAAGUAAUAUUAGUCAUGUUAAAACCGUGAUUAUCAAAUGACAAAUAUUUUGUAGUUAAAAAUAUUUUGAGAAUAUGAGAUGGAAGUUAUUUCAUCUACUUUCAAAAUGUUUUGUUAAAAAUAAGUUUAUUAUGCAUAUUUAUUUUGACGAAAAUAUUGGUUAAAUUAAAAGUAAAUAAGAUGUGACUUUGGUUACAUUCAUUUUUCACUGUCGAUGACACUUGGUAUCUUCAAACAGUGAUUUUUCAAUUGAAGUUGUCUUUUAAUUCACAUCCAACUCACAAUGAAAUCAAUGUAAUUGCACACAGUGAUAAGUGUUGCCCUUUACACAUGUGGUCUCUCAAUGGAGGUGGUCGUAUUAGCAGGUUUGAUUGUACAAUGAAAUAUUAUUAGAAUCUUUGUAAAUAUAUGUAACACUUAAAUACCGGUAAGUAUACUAAACAAGAUUUGAAAGACCGUCUAUAUCAUCGUCUAGUUUUUACUGGACAAAGAAAUAUCUUGAGAAAUUUACUGUUUUAGGUAAAUCAUUUUUUAUUUUUUUGUUGUAUUAAAUCCAUGAAUGAAAACAUCAAAAGGUGUGAAAGUAACCCUCACGGUUUUAUAGUUAAAUAUGUACCUUUCUAUAAAAUUGUACAGUUAUUGAAAUGAAAUUUAUUCUUAUAGAUUGUUCUGGACAGCGCCAAGCAUGAAUGAGUGUAUAUAUAUAAUGUAUAUAGCUAAAAUGUAACCAACACGUUAUCUGUGAUAGUUAUAUAUCUAUGGUAGUACCAAAAAGUGUGUCCAAACUAUUUGGGCGAAAUCAGAGUGAAAUUUCGUUUUGUUAGUUAACUAAUAAUCCGGACAUAUAUCAGCAUUUUUAAUUAUCCUCUAAACUUUUCGAUAUUCAGAUUUUGUAACGGAGAGACAGUGUUUCGAUCAGCUGAAUCAAUCAAUAAUGUCAUUAGUUCUUCAAAAGAUGAUUAUUUUAAACAUUUUUUUUUUUUAUUUUCAAAAUGAUAAACCAAACACAUUCAUCAACACCAAUUAUUUUCAACUUUUAUUAUUCAAAGUUCUUUAAAUGUUUUUCCUGAUGUUCAAUAAUACUUUACAACAAAUUGAUUUUAUCACGAGGAAGGCAUGUGAUUUCAGCUUUGUAAUAAAGCAUGGCAAAAAUAAUUUACUACUCUUACUUACAAUUGAAACUCACAUUUAUCUGAACUCUAAACACCGGUGAUACGCGCUCAAGGUAAGAAAUAUAAAGCUUUAUCAAUAUAAAAUCGACCAAAUAAUUAAAACAAAUUGUCGCAGUCUGAUCAUAUAUAUUUUUGUGAUUUUAGGACAAAAGAAAGACAAAAUUCUUUUUCAAUAAUACAAGACAAUAUUAUUGAUCAAAUUUGAUAAAUGAGUUUCCAUUGUAUCUCAAUCCUUUGAAUUGAAGACCGAUUAAAAGUUGUAACUUUUACCAGUUUUUUGUGUGUGUUUGAAACUGAAACAAUAUUGUGAUUAUUUUUUCACAUUUAUAGUUUUGGUAAAGUGUGCCCGUUUUAUAUUUUAUAUAUGAAUGUGUAUCAUAUCAAUAUGUCAUGUAAAAAGAACCAAUUAAAUUUCGUCAUGAUAUGGCUGUGAUAUGAUUUUUAAUUGGAAUAAAGGUAGGUUAUUAGUUUUUAUGUGUGCUAUUUUAAAAUUUUCAUUUGUAUUCAUAACAUUUUUUUAUCAUUAUUUUAAAUAUCCAUAGCAAAGGGACUUUAAGACGAACAUGCAUUUUAGUAUGCGGUUUUAUAAUAGAAAUGUACACAAUAUUAAUAAAAUUUAAAAAGAAAUUGGUGGUCGGUAAAACACAAGUCAACUUUUUUGCGUAAUUUGCAAAACGUCAACAGCGCUCAACAUUACCUCUUAAAUCAGCGAUUUUUUUAAAGGAUACAUGAAGUCAAGCCUCAUUUUCGCAUAAUAUUAUUUCGUCAUAAAGUCAAUUGAACUGGAAGAAGUUUAUUCGCAUAUACCAUUUAACGUCGCUUCUAUGUAUCAUCCAUUAGCUUAACUUAAUAUUCAAAUUACAUAUAUAUCAUUUGAAAGACAGAUAGUUUGUUUAUCAAUCAUGAUUCCCUUUUUUUCAAUCAAGUUUUCUUAAAAUGGUGGCUUAUAGACAUUGCAUUCUUAGUAAUCAUAAAUUUUCGUUGGGCUUGAAUAUAGUAGAGUUGACAAUAUAUGCUGAUUUUUUCUUCGUCGUAGCAUGAUUUGAAGCCUUGCCAAAAGUGUCGACACUAAUAUACAUAUGUACCAACAUCUUAAUUUGUAGUUGUUUACAUACAAACAUUUUGAUGUACGCAUCAAAUUGCUGUAAAAAGUGUCAGGAAAUCAACGAAAAUAAAUAACCACGAAUAUUUAUGAUUCACCAAUACUCAUUUUAAUCACAAUAGUAAAUUUGUUAUCACAAUGUAAAAUACAAAACGAAUCAAAAUAUAUAACAAAAAUGAGUUAUGUUUUGGCGUAUACAAUGUACUUCCGUAUCCUUAGUUGCUUGAUGGUUGUAUUAAAUGAAAUAAUGAUUAAUAAUA